GAUGGCUAAAAGAUUUGAGAAUGCCCGAUGGGUAUUCAUCAAAUUUAUCAAGGUGUGCUGACCCUAACACUGGGAAGUUGCAUGGAAUGAAAAGUCACGAUUGUCACAUUUUCAUGGAACAAUUGUUACCAAUUGCAUUUGGCUCGCUACCCAAACAUGUUCUUGAUCCACUGACUGAAAUUAGUCAGUUUUUUAGAGAUAUUUGUGCGUCAGCUUUAAAAGUGGAAGACAUCAUGAAGUUGGACCAAAACAUUGCAAUCAUUCUUUGUAAGUUGGAACAAGUAUUUCCGCCUGGUUUCUUCGACUCAAUGGAACAUUUACCUGUGCAUCUUGCAUAUGAAGCCUUUCUUGGUGGACCAGUUCAAUAUAGGUGGAUGUAUCCGUUUGAAAGGUUCAUGGGUGAUUCAAAGCGAUCAGUGAAGAAUAAAGCAAGAGUUGAAGGUUCUAUAUGUGCACAUUACCUGCAUCGAGAAACAUCACAUUUUUGCAGUCAUUAUUUCAAUCACUUGAUGUUAACUCCUAGAACCAUACGGAAUCCGGUAAAUGUCAACCAGAGGAGUCAAUUCACCUUAUCAGUAUUCGGUCUUCCAGGUCGACCUUCUGGAAAGAAGAGUGUGCAUUGGUUGACCCAGAAAGAAAUGCAAUCCGCACAUGUCCAUGUCUUGAUCAACUGCGUCGAAGUUAAACAAUACCUUGAGGAAUUUAACAAUGCCUAUUUUCAUAGUACCAGUGUACAGUCAACAUCCGGCGUCAUUCAUGCUCAAUUUCCCUUAUGGUUCAAGCAAAGAUUGUCUACCGUGUUUCCACCAACUCCAGAAAUACUCCAUUUGAGAAACUUGGCAGAAGGCCCUAUCCAAAGCGCAAAUGAAUGGCACACAUACUUCGUGAACGGAUAUAAGUUUCACACUGAGGCAUGGACCGAAGGGAAAAAAACCAUAAACAGUGGUGUAUUUGUAAAAGGGGUUACAGAUGGUGGUGCAGAUGACUUUUAUGGAUUUUACUCCGAGUCGGACUGCUUCAAGGAUUGUUAA